UUCUAAUCAGGUGCUGGCUUCCUCCCGCCAUCAGUUUUAUUAUGAUGGGCGCCUUUGUUCCACACAAAGUGCAACUGCUUUUUGAUGGGAAUGUAAAUGUUCCGCGUUCUUCGAAUUGUGCUGAUGAUGAUGAUGAUGAUGGACCAGCAGGACCAGAGUGAGGAAAUCAGUGUCCUGAGCCCGCUGGAGUUGCUGGCCGAGGCCGCCAAGGAGGACAAUGGGCACUGCCAACCGCAGUUCAGGCUGCAACUGAUUGAUGACCUGACGUAUGAAGAUGUCAAGAAAUGCUACAGGGGCUCGACCGUCAGCAAGUACAACUCCCAGUACCACAAGCUGUUCCAGAGCGUCCCCAAGGAGGAGAUCCUUAUGAAAGUGUAUUCCUGCGCUCUCCUCCGAGACAUCCUACUUCAGGGUCGCCUCUACAUCUCCCGCAACUGGCUGUGUUUCUAUGCCAACCUCUUUGGGAAGGACAUCAAGGUGGCCAUUCCGGUGGUGUCAGUACGGCUGGUGAAGAAGCACAGGACGGCAGGCCUGGUGCCCAACGGGUUGGCCAUCACUGUGGACACCAGCCAGAAGUAUGUGUUUGUGUCCUUGCUGUCUCGAGACAGUGUCUACGACGUCCUCAGGAGGAUUUGUACACACCUUCAGGUGAAUGGGAAGAAAAGCCUUAGCCUGAAGCAGUACUUGGAGGAGCCUAGCUCACUAGCUAUGGAUGAGUUCCCCGUGGUCAAUGACUUCCCUCCGGUGUUGAAGUGGAGGAGAAAGCCGUCUAUUCCGUCCAUGUCCUCCUCUCUUCCGGAUCUCCUGGGUAACUCCACCAGCAGUCGGAGCGCAGUGGACAUCCCCUACCUACCUACGGAGGUUCCACUGACAUUAAAGGAGCGGGGUCUGGAGACAGAGCAGGUCCUCCUGACACGGCCGGCACCAGAGCUGGGGCACAUGGAGUACCAGCUGCUCAAGUUCUUCAUCCUGCUUAUUGUCCUGCUCCUCGUGUCCUCCUGUUACCUGGCCUUCCGUGUGUGUUGUCUGGAGCAGCAGCUGUCCUUCCUCAACACACACCCCACAAUGCCCAUGAGAGAGAGGUAACACUUGCUGCAUGCUGCUUCCCCAUUGGGCAGAUGGUCUGUCAGUCACGGAGGUUCUCCUGGCCAUUGGGCAAAACGGAGACUCCGUUUGUUUACCUGUUCACUCUGUCCCACCCUGUAGGUUCAAUGAGAAGACAAUGAAGACCUGAAGCGAAAACUGCACUUAAAUUGAAAGCCCAAUAGGGGGUGCCAGAGAGACAAAUAAUCAUUUUGUCGUUCCCUAGAAAGACUAUGGACUCCACAGACAAAAGACUGGAAUGGAAGGAAGAGGAUAGAGGAGGAUUGGAAGUAGACGACUACAGAGUAGGUGUCAAUGGGGCAGUGCCAACCGAGUUCACCUGACCUUUGACCUCAAUGUCCUUGUUUUACUUGGAUGCUGCCAAGGAACUUUACGAUUCCAGUCGACUGAUCAGACACUUCCGCGUCCAGGAUUUCAGAGACAGAGCCUGUUGUCAGACACAGAGCCUGUUUCAACAGGAAUAGACUGCACCCAGUAGGAGAGUUGCUACAAGAGAGGCUGAAGAAAGAUUGAAGAUUAGAAGGCGUUCCGAUCAGGAACUCAACCUGACCUGGUCAAUCAUUGGCCACCGUAGCCCAACUUGCAAUGUUUACCGAGCAUGGUCACUAAGACCUAACCGCUCCUGUACACUAAGGAAAAAUAGAAACCAUUUCAAUGGACAUUAUUAUCAAGAGGUUUAACAUUUCUGUCAGAAUUGUGAGAUGUUGUGCUAGAAUUAUAGCUGUCUUGUCAUGCCAACUGAAAGCAUGGUACUGUGUGUGUCAGGUGAGGUUGUCAAGUCAAGAAGUGAAAGUGUCUGUGUAUGUGUGUGUGUCUGUGUGAGUUUAUUCACCAUUAUGUGUGUGACUUAACAAGUGGCUAGGACUGUCUCAAGGUAGUUGGUAGCUUCUCCACCUGAUAAGCCAUGACAGGUGCGUCAUGUAAUGUCAUGUCAUGUCAUGUCAUGUCAUGUAAUACUAGAUAUUGACUGAAUUGUAAAGCCAUUGUCUGUGACACUGUUGCAUGGAUGUGUUGGAUGGAGUGGAACUUUGGAAGUGAACGGAGAGAAAGCAGUGAAGAGAGAGAGAGAGAGAGAGAGAGAUGAGAGAGAGAGAUGAGAGAGAGAGAGAGAGAGAGAGAGAGAGAGAGAGAGAGAGGCUGACAUUGAAUGUCGUUGCGGUUCACUUGCCCUUAAUGUUCCAUGUGGAGAUGGGUUCUAUAAAGAUUGUUAUGUUCCAUGUGGAGAUGUGUUCUAUAAAUAUUGUAAUGUUCCAUGUGGGAUGUGUUCUAUAAAUAUUGUAAUGUUCCAUGUGGAGAUGGGUUCUAUAAAGAUUGUUAUGUUCCAUGUGGGGAUGUGUUCUAUAAAUAUUGUAAUGUUCCAUGUGGGAUGUGUUCUAUAAAUAUUGUAAUGUUCCAUGUGGGGAUGUGUUCUAUAAAUAUUGUAAUGUUCCAUGUGGGGAUGUGUUCUAUAAAUAUUGUAAUGUUCCAUGUGGGGAUGUGUUCUAUAAAGAUUGUAAUGUUCCAUGUGGGGAUGUGUUCUAUAAAUAUUAUAAUGUUC